AUGGCCAGGCAGAGUACUUUAAAUUUCGCACGUAGUGGUGCGCAUGGCGCUGGACGCAGUCGCGUUUCUUGGAAGCAUCACCAGCUCGCCAACGAUAUCAGCAGUCGCUUCCACACCGUUCUCUUUGGCGUGGCGGGCGAAUUCACUGCAAGCACUCAAAUAGCGGCUUUUGAUCUCGAUGGUACCCUCAUUAGACCCAAGAGCGGUUUGAAAUUUCCUAGAAACGCGGCUGAUUGGUCGCUGUUGCGCAGAGAUACCAAAGAGCGCCUGAAUACACUUAUACAGACUGGAUAUGCUAUUGUCAUUAUAAGCAACCAGAAUUAUUCUGGCAGACCAGCCAAAUUGGAGGAGUGGCAGGUUAAAAUGGGUGCAAUUGCAGAGAGGCUCCACGAUGUCCCAUUCAUUUGCAUCGCAGCUACAACUAAAGACGAGAAUAGGAAACCAGAUACGGGAAUGUGGGGGUGUUUACAGGCUUAUUUCGAGAGCUUGGGAUGUGUUAGACCAGACACAAAAGAAAGCUUCUUUGUUGGCGAUGCUGCUGGUAGACGCGGAGAUCACUCUGCUGACGACAAGAACUUUGCAAAGAACGCUGAAUUGCGUUUCUACACGCCUGAGGAGUAUUUUGACGCGUAA